CAAAGAGGUACGUCACACCUACUGAAAUAUUAUGCAUAGAGAUGCCGAAAAUAUAAAGCACUUCGGUGCAAGUCGUAAAUUUUUAUCGUAAUAUAUACCUGCUGAAACAAGUGAUUAUGGCAGCCUGUAGACUUUUCAGAAUCUUGAUAAGUGUUGGAUUAACUUGUGUCUGUUUAGUUGUGUCCUUUCCAUUUUUUGCGGAUCACCAUCUGCCUUCAAAUACUGCCCCUGUCAACUGCGGAGGAAACAGAACUGUGUAUACAGUUACAGCAAUUGGACAUCGUUUAUGUGGACAGGAUUUCUUUUACAUAAAAAAGGACAAAUUGAAUCAAUUCGGAAAAGAUUUUAAAGACGUUAAGUAUGACUGGCCAACACUUUGCAAGAUGGACUCAGAUAACGACAACCGCACAAACGGAGAGGAACUUGGUGACCCAGAAUGCAUCUGGAAUAACCAUUACACAACAGAGGCGGUCAGCCAUCCUGGUUAUGCUGAGGACGAGGUUCUCGAUGAUGCUGGCAACGUAACUUACGUCAUAAAGAACUGGGAGGAGGAGGAGGCGUGUGGAAACAUUGUCAAGAUAGGGUGCUCACAAUACACACACGGGAUGGGGAUUACCACAAAACAAUAAAAACUUGAGGAACAAUUCACAGUGCAGAACUGAGUGAGCUUUACUAGCACAUUGGAGACAUUUAAUGUGAAUUUGACAACUGGAUUGUGCCUUUGUCUUGUUAAUGAUCAAUCGCCAAGUGCAAAGAUAAUGACUUGUUAAAAAAAAAUCGUACUAUUAUAAGUGAACGCCCUCCGUUAAGGAUAUAUUUAAGACUACAAAUUAAAAGUGGUGUGUGAUAAUGGUAUGUUAUGACGUAUUUCUGCUCUUCAAUAUAUGUCAUUAUAAUUCCGUCACCGUUAAAAUAUUAAAUAAUUACCAAAAAUCCCCUACUCAUUUCAUGUUUUAAGAUUUUUGCGAUUAUUUCCUGCAUUAGGGAUGCUCGUGCUUUAUUGAUUUAACAGUUGCAAUGAUUGUGACACUGAUUAUAAUUUUAAUAUGUUUAUAUCUAAUAUAUUUUAUAAGUAUUGAGCCAAGUUCCUAUAAAAUGCAAGUUAUAUUUCCCAGGCCUUGAGGUCUUAAUUUUCCAUGUCAACAUAAUAAUCUUACAAUGUUGACAUACAUCUACCGAAAAUAUGAAUUAAAAAUGUAUCCAAAGUAUUAAUUGUCAUUUCAAAGUGAAAACGCACCUGUGAAACCCCGGUGUUUUGUUAAACAAUGCACAUUAUGAAUAAAAUAUUUGUUAUUUUG